AUGCCACCGCCAUCUCCAUCCAAGACCUCAUGUAAGCCGGUUCCAGUGGAUGCGAUGAGGGAGAUGAUAUUCCAGAUGGCGGCGUUGCAGCCAGUUCAGAUUGACCCGGAAUCAGUGAAGCCACCGAAGAGACGAAACGUGAAGAUAUCGAAGGACCCACAAAGUGUAGCGGCGAGGCACCGGAGAGAGAGGAUUAGUGAGCGGAUCCGGAUACUUCAGAGAUUAGUUCCCGGUGGUACAAAGAUGGACACGGCGUCGAUGUUGGAAGAGGCUGUCCAUUACAUGAAAUUCUUGAAAAAACAAGUGCAGUCUUUUGAACAGGCGGCUGCUGGUGGUAGUAUGGCGGCGAUGGUAAAGACAGAAGCUGACGUCGGUGGUUUGCUGCUACACAGGCGGCAUGAAUCGUGGUGGUGA